CAAACAGUGAGCACGUGGUGAAGUACAGAAAUUAAUAAAAAAUAGUUUUUGCGUUUUUUUGUGCUUCUUUUUAUGAAAAUCAAAAAGCAUGGCCAAGCAACUAAGGAGUCUGGCAGACAACAUGAUCGCCCGUGCACUUGAGGAUGAUACUACAAGUGAAGAUGGUCUCGACUUUGACGACGACAGGUUGGCUGACCCUGAUUUCGACCCAGAUUUUUGCGAGUUGAAUGAAUGGUCUUUGGGAGAUGGAAUUGGCAUAGAUGAUUUGGUAGACUACUUGAGCRAUGACGAUCGUAAUUUCAAUCCUGAGGAAGAAGUAGAACCGAUGAUUAGCAGCUCAGACACUCCAAAUACCUUAGGACCUUCUAUGAAACGCCGAAAGCCUGAAAAGCUAACACUACUGUGGAAGAAAAAGAAUCUAGAGCUAAAUGAGCAACAGCUGGCUUUCACUGGUAACGAGUCAUUGCUUUCUGAUAUCUUGGACCUCGACGCUCCUAUAGACUAUUUCUUGUAUCUAUUUCCACCUGAACUAAUGAGGAAAAUUUCUGAAGAGACAAACCUCUAUUUGAUACAGAAAGAUGCGAACAAUACUUUUCAUGUAUCUGAGAUAGAAAUGCGACAAUUUAUAGGUGUCGUUUAUCUCAUGUCACAAAUUCAGCUACCUCGGGUGACUAACCAUUGGGACUCCAUCCUGGGUACAAACGUAAUUCAAAACACUAUGCCUUCUAGUAAAUUUGAAAAGAUUWGGCAGCAUCUUCAGAAGCCAUAG